GUGUGAUAAGUUUCUGAGAAAAAAAUUGAAUUAAUCCUGUAAUUCCCGCAUUUUCGGACCUAAAAAUACCUCAAAACUCUUCCGCAAUACCUCCGAAUCGACAAUAAACGCGAGAAAUGUUCUUCGUGCGUGAAUGUAAGUCAUAAAAAUCAAAAUAAAAAUCUCGAGUGUUUGGAAUUCUUUGUUUUGGGCCGGAAAGCAAGUGUCAAUCCUGCGAGAAUUUAAAUUUAAAGGAUCUUUCGAAGGAAAUUUGUAGUUUAGUUGUCUUUCGAGGCUUUUGGCAGUAAAAUGGAAAAUGAUCCAGCUUACCUGUAUCGCUUACAACAAAUGCGCAUCUCCGAUGAAUCACCCAAGAUGUCGAUUCAUCAUCAGCAACAACAAUCGCAUCAUCAGCAAUCGGGCGAAUCGUUCAUUAAUGCGCCGCGUCAAAGUAACGUUCAAUAUGUGAGUGUUGCUCCCGCGACGCGUUUCGCUUAUCAACAAGGCAACAAUCAAUACGGCAGCUAUCCCGCUCCUCCUCCGGCGUAUGGCGUUUACGAAAAUGUCGAAUAUUACAAAGAAACGGAUUACGGAACAGUUCGCAGUGCAAAAGCGCAACCUCAAGUCCCGAACACGCAAACGGGAUAUGUGACAGCAAAUGCUCAGCGAUACGCUCAUACGCCUCAACCGCACGAAAUGGAACCCGCAAACCCGAUUUACGAGAAUUUACAUUCGGUUUCGGGACAAAUGGCACAACCGCAAGCAUCUCCCGCGACAAGUUCGAUUUAUUAUUCGAAUCGCAGCGGAUCACAAAGUCCCCAAAUUGUUGCGAAUGCGAAACAAACGAUGAUGCAUGACGCAACUUCUGUGAUCAAUCCGUUGGCAAAGCAAAGUUACAUCAACAUCGAAAGCCCCAAACACUCGUAUAGCGUCGGAAAACCCUUAUCGCCGGAUUAUGUGAGUUGUAAUGUGAGUCCUGCGCCGCCCAUGCCGCAACCUCAGAUGGCGAAACAACCUCCUUUAGCUCCGAAAUCGACAAAUUCGACAUCACAACACAUGAAAAGUAACAGCAGCAUCUCGACUUCGCGUCAAUUGCCUCCAAAAGUGAAGCCGACAACGGAAAGCGUCAAUGGAUCGGAUUACGUUGUCAUGUCAGGAGGGCAGAAAAACGCAAGUUCAGUCUCGAUUGACAACUCUAUGUUGCUGAAAAGUAAAGUUGCUCAACAAAAACCCAAUUUUGCUGAAGGAAAACCUCCGGCGAAAGCUCCUGUUCAACUUCCGGGCGCAGAUGCUCUUAUUCCAACUGCUCUUCGAGUUUCGCCUCGUCCCGGAACUGUUGGAAAUAGAGCAUCUCCGACGCCUUCUGUAUUAAGCGGAGGAUCAGGAAAACGUAUGGGAAAAAGCCUCUUACCGUACAGCGUAACGCCUCCUCGUAGUCAAGGCCCGACAGAAGCUGAACGAAAAAUCGAAGAACUUACACGUCAAUUGGAGGAAGAAAUGGAGAGAAAAGAGGAAGAAGGCGAAUAUUUCGGAAUUUGUUACACGUGCAAGGAAAAAGUGACGGGCGCGGGACAAGCUUGUCAAGCAAUGAAUAACUUGUAUCACACAAAUUGUUUUAUUUGUUGCUCAUGCGGGCGUGCAUUACGCGGAAAAGCUUUUUACAACGUCUUGGGACGCGUUUAUUGCGAAGAAGAUUAUUUGUAUUCUGGCUUCCAACAAACUGCUGAAAAAUGUGCCAUUUGUGGGCAUUUGAUUAUGGAAAUGAUUUUACAAGCAAUGGGCAAAUCAUAUCAUCCGGGAUGCUUUAGAUGUUGCGUUUGUAAUGAAUGUCUCGAUGGCGUUCCAUUCACAGUAGAUGUCGACAAUAAAAUCUAUUGUGUCAACGAUUAUCAUCAAAUUUAUGCUCCUAAAUGUGCAGGAUGUGGCAAAGGAAUUACUCCCGUUGAAGGCACUGAAGAGACAGUUCGUGUUGUUAGCAUGGACAAAGACUUCCAUAUUGAUUGUUACAUUUGUGAAAGUUGCGGCAUGCAAUUGACUGACGAGCAAGACAAACGUUGUUAUCCUUACGAGGAUAGUUUAUUGUGUCGUUCGUGUCACAUUGAGAAACUUGCGACGUUGAAACAACAAAGACAGCUGGUUGAACCAGUAGCUGCUACGUUUUAUAAUUAAUUGUUCGGUUUUUUUUUUUGCACCAGUUGAUUCAAUAUUUUAUAAGCGCAUAGUGUUGACUAUUAAUAUUUAGAUAAUCGAUCGGCUUAUUAGCCAAGUAAAUUUAAAAGUAUUUGUAUGACAUUCCUAAACG